AUGAUUGAUCCAACAACAACUGUGGACACAACUUAUGCAGACACUGCCUGGCACAGUGGUAUCUGGCUGGUCAGAGACAAACCUGCCCAGUUUGUCAACAGGCUUGGGUUGGACACCCUAAAAUCAUUACUAAAGCAAUCCUUGAAAGAAAAAUAUACAGAAAGAUGGAAUGAACUACAAAAAGAUUCAAAUUUAGCUCUGGCAGUGGCAGAAUUUGACAGAAAGAUGACUCAGCAACAAUUGGUGCUCUUUUUAAGAACAGUUAUUCAGCACAAUUCUCCACCAAGAAACCCGGCUAACCAGUUGUUUGGUUGGGCUUUGGCUGGUGGAUUUUGUUCUGGACUGUGCAUAUUUCUAACAGUUGCAUUGUUUGCCUGGUUGACUUUAAGUUGGUUUAAUGGAGGUGGCAGUACUUUAGUGGUGAACGAACCAAUGCAAAAGUGGUCUGUGGAAGAGGUCGCUGACUGGAUUGGGGAACAUGGCGAAUGGGCCAAACAAAUGUAUGCUGGGAAAUUCAAGGAACAUCAAAUAGAUGGUUGUCUGCUGAGCAGCUUACAAGAAGACGGUUUAGGGUUAAUAGUUGGAACAUCUAUUCCACCAGUUCACAAAAGAGUGUUACUGGAGGCAAUAAAAGUAGCAUAG